AUGGCAAAUAAAAAGCAAUCGGGCAAGAAUGAAAAAAGCAAAAGUAGCUUUCAUGAUGCUGAUAUUUUGGAAGAAGUGUUACAACACGUUGGUGAUUUUGGAAGGUAUCAGAAGAUAUUGAUCAUAGCCACGAUGCCAUUGGGUUUCACAUUCGCUUACGUAUACUUUGUGCAGAUGUUUAUAACUGUUACGCCAGAGAACUAUUGGUGCAGAAUCCCCGAGCUGGCUAACUUGAGUGUGGAGUUAAGACGAAAUCUGUCAGCACCUGGAGCUCUUACAGGUCAGUGGGACCACUGUCAGACCUUCGAUACUAAUUGGACAAAAGUAUUGGAGACGUUGACUCCACCCACAGGCAGAGAUCCUCUCGUACCAUGCCAGCACGGCUGGGAGUUUGAGUUGAGUGAUAUACCGUAUCACACUGUUACUACGGAGAGAGAGUGGGUGUGUGAUCGUGCCAGCUACAUUCCGUUCGCCCAGUCAGUAUUUUUCGUUGGGUCUGUUACCGGCACUUUUACUUUCGGGUUGCUAGCUGAUCGGUUUGGAAGAGUGCCGGCCGUAAUAGUUCUUGAAUUCGUGGGAUCCCAAUACCGUACCUGGGUAGCUAACUUAAUUUUAGCAUUUUCUUUCGCGAUUGCUGGCAUCACGUUGCCUUGGAUGGCUCUUUACAUUGCUGACUGGCGCAUGCUGAUGUGGGUUACUUCAGCUCCUAUGUUUAUCGUGAUAUUAGCGCCUUGGUUCUUACCCGAAAGUGUAAGAUGGUUGGUGAGCAGAGGACGAGGCAACGAAGCCGUAACAAUAUUGAAGAGGAUUGAACGUAUCAACAGAACGAAAAUCCCCGAUGAAAUUAUGGACGAAUUUAUAGUAUUUUCAAAUAGAGACGAAGUAGAAGACAGGCAGUCCAUCUUCAGCAUGCUCAGGAGUACAAAGCUGCGGAAUACGAUGAUCAAGUUAAUAAUCGUAUUUAUGGGAUGUGGAUGCGUAUUUGAUGGUGUUAUGCGUUUGUCCAAUUCAUUUGGCCUGAGUUUCUUUGCCGUGUUUAGUGUUAAUGAAGUCUCAGAGUUUAUGGCCAUUGUUGCGGUUGCUGUUCUCCUUGAUAGAUUUGGAAGAAGAACAUCAACAUGUGGCCCAGCACUUAUUUGCAGUACAUUAUUAUUUAUUGCUUCAUUUGUUCGUGAUGGACUACCCCGAGCAGGUUUAGCGAUAGCAGCACGUCUCUUCUCGAUAAUAAGCUAUACAGGUGCAAUGCAAUGGUGUACUGAGAUAAUUCCCACCCCAUUCCGGGCUUCUGGAGUAUCCAUUCUGCACAUGAGUGCUUAUUUAGCCAAUGUGUUUUCACCUUUUAUCGUUUUCUCGGAUCGGAUAUGGAGCAAAUUGCCUGUGGUAAUUUUCAAUACAGCGGCGUUCAUAACCACGGCAGUUUUUAUGACACUGCCAGAAACCAAAGGUCUACCAAUGCCACAGACUAGGGCCGAUGGUGAAAAAAUCAUUAGAGAACACUCCCUGUUCAGUAAACGAAGAAAAUACACUGAAAACAGUGAAAAUAAUACAGAAAUACGAAAGUUAUACGAAGAAAAUGUAUUAUAA